AUGGCAAGCCGAUUGGAGAAUGCGAAAACUUUCAUCGAGCACCUUACGGGUCACAAAUUCACGAACAGCAAUCUCCUGAUUGAAGCACUGGAUACCACGGGCCAGAGGGCUCGCGAGUCCAACCGACGCCUGGCCCUGCUGGGAGACAAGCUGAUGGUCCACAUCAUUGCAGACGGGUGGUAUGCGAGUAAUGCUCCGCUAGUCCGCGGGCAGACAUUGCUGGAGCGCAUUUGCGGCAACGACAAUUUGGCGACGGUCGGGUUCAACAUCGGUCUUGACGCACAUGUCGUGGUCCAUCCAGGCCAGCGCGGCGCGGUGAGCCGCAAGACCAUGGCAACCACUGUUGAGGCUGUUGUCGGCGCUAUCUAUGUCGAUUCAGGCAAGGACAUCGAGACUGUCAAAGAUGCAAUGGUCUGCAUCGGACUGAAUCCCUCUGGAGUUUAG